ACAUUAAUCGUUACGUUUUCCUUUGUGGGAAACCAUGCAACCCCCUAGCUUCCGUUGCAGUGUUUAAUUUUUGUUAUUAUUUCCGAAUCGUUCUUGUUGAGGUAGUUACGGUAGGAUCUUUUCACGACCUUAUCAGCGACUACGACUUUAUCUUCAAGUUUCUACGAAGUAACGUUGCUGAUUUGGAUCGACUCUAACAACUGAGAUCGCUUCACGUCGAUUGGUCACACUCGAGUCAAAUACUUCACCAUAGAACUUGUUUAAACCUUUGAAUUUGAAACGUGUUAAACGCUCGAGACAUCAGAGAAUAAUUAUGCAAAUCUUGACUUGUGGCUAAACUAGCUAAUGGAUUGUAUCCGUAACGUAGUCGUUUGGGUGACGAAUCAACGGCAAUCAAAAACUGUUUCGCCUGCCUAUCGGCCAAAACACCCACACAACUAAUACAUUUCCUCGUUUGUGAAGGAAGCGAUGCUGCAAACAGUGAGAUGUCUUGAAGCGCGCGAUCGAUUGCAAAGUUCCACAUUGAAUACAAGUGGCUUUCUCAAAGUUCCAUAAAAUCAUUCCCUCAAAAUUUCUUUGAAACUCAUAACAAGAGUUACACCCGGUCGACUCAGGCUGAUUCCUUGUUUGAGCAAUUAGGAAGAAUUAUUGAAAUCAAAUCAGGUAGUUGCAGUAAUUUGUAGCAGCGAAGAGAAGUGUUUAUUUAUGAAGCUCUGUUACAUAUAAGAUUCAUUACACGUAACAAUCCUGGAGAGGUCCUACUCUUAUCGAAAUACUGGACAAAAAAUACAGAUCUUUUAAAACUACUGUACUGAUAGCAAGCAACCAGAAUUAAUAAAGUUGAUGUAAAUGUGAUGCCCUUUGAAGUCGUUGAACACCAGUAAAAAUCUGAUCUACAACAAUGCAAGUUGAAGCUGGCAAAACCAUUCUGACCCGCGAUUGUGUUCUCUAACAAAACCUUGCACGAAACUCGGCUGAAGUUUCCACAUAAAAUCAUUCAGUCAAUAAACUUGCUAGCUUCAAAUGUUUCAGAUUCUGUAAAUUAAAACCAGUGCAAAAUUGGGCUGCAGUUGAGUUGCCUUUCAUAACAAUGAUACCUUGGGUACUGAUCCGAGCUACAUGCAUGCAGUGGGAACGACAUUGACGUUACUAAAAUAUGCAUAUCCACAUCAACUCAGUGAGUUAAAAUACAGCAACAUGGAAUUUAAGAUCACAUCCAAGGACUGAAUAUCCAAGAUAAAAUAUCAAAACGGCAAUAAAACGCCAUAGAAGUGUUCAUUUGUGUACUAUUCGUUUGUGACGGAUUUGUGAGCUCGAAUAACUUGAAGGUCUUCCGACAUACAGUAACAAAACUUGCCCUGCAUUUCUGGGUCUUGAUUGCAUCGCUGCGUGCCAUCAAGUAACAAGUUCACCUUCGAAACUAUACAGCUCAUUAUUCCAGGCUAAAAGGCACAUUUACACUUCAUUCACAUCAUAAAUAUGUUUAGAAUAGUUAUGCAAAACCUUAUCACUGUAUUUGAUGAAGUAGAGGCCAGCUGACUCUAACACCAAGACGCUCAAAUGAUAACCAAGGUAAACACGCAUUUCUGCUUGAGGUGAAUCUUGUCGCGAUGAAACUUCCUUCAUUUACUGAUCAAGUACUAGAAAAUCGAGGCUCAAUUGCUUGGAAAUCGCUGCUUUUGAAGUGUAAAUGUCCUGCUAUCGUAUGUGACCCGAUUUUCACAACCUCGACGACGAAGGAAAUACAUGAUGUUUUCAAUAACAACGUAGCGCGAUUCUAACCAAUCAGGUUGCGUUACUUUGUUAUUGGCCAAUCACAGCGCGAUCCUGGAGCAAAUGAGCUUAGCGGCAAAGAGGCGUGCUUUUGAGAUGGGGCUAACGUGAGUCUGAAGUAAAAGAGUCACCGUACCCCAACAUUACAAGGUAAAUCGGCGCGUUUUGGACAACGUUGAGGCGGAAUCGAAGUGAUCUGUGUUGAGGCAAGAGUGCAGGCUCUUUCGGGCUGUCGUUUCACAAUCUUUCACAUAGUGGAACCAUGAUGACCGCGGAACCUGCACCAGAAGAGACAGUGGAGGAGAAACAAGCCCCUCUGUGUGGAAGGCUCGUAUUUCGUGGUGUUGAACUGGCAUAUUUGAAUAUCGACGGAGAAUAUAUGCUACCAUUAGCCGAGCUAUUGGCACUUGUUUUGCCGACAACACCGCGAACUACGCUAUUUACUAGAAUGGAAAAAAUGAAAGUUCGCAGGCACUUCUGUGAGCCAGAAGAAAUCAAACUGCUAAAGACAGUGAAUGGAAUUCACGGUUCGUCAGCCAACUGUACACUGCUAUCAAAGACAGAAGUUGAGAAAUACUGUUCAAUGUAUAUCGAUAAACCAAGCGAAUUCAACCAAGCAAUCUCAAGAGAUGCGAACGCAGAGGAACCCGCUAGUGAAGUUACCAGUAUGGAAAGUGUUCUUAACGACAACGAGAAGACAGCAUCGACCCAGCUGAACAGCAAUACAACCGCUAACAAAUUAGCAGUACUUUGUAAACACAAAACCUCUGCGCCACUCAAACCCAAGCUAAGGUUGACGAAAGUCGCUACAGCGAAGAAACUGAAAUCGCGCUCUUCGACCGAUUGUGAAGUAAAUAAAACAUUAACGGACAAUGCCAGUCGCGUAGCCAUUGACGGAGAUCUAACUUCUGGGAACGUUAACAGGUACAAGGACGAGGAAGGGUGCCAUCUCGAUUCGCCGUCUUCUUCACACCAUGUGACGAAUUUUACUCAAACGAUGAGCUUGGUGAAUCUUGGCGCUAACAAGAAACGCGUAAAGAAGCGUGACAACAGUUCGGAACCGAACAAAAAGAUGGGGAAAGUGGCUCGAGGGAAGAAAAGGUCGUCAAACAAUUUGGAUAUCAAGGAACCGUUUGAGUCGCCAUUGAAAAUUCCCAAGAGGAGCGAAUUAAAUGGACAUGAAGAAAGCGACAAAGUGAAAGAAGUUAGUCAAUUUCCUACCAGCCGUUGUAACUCGAACAAGCAAGAUUUUGAUACGCUGAUUUCUGAUUCCUCGUCAAAUGACAGUGGUUUCGGCUCAACGGCGUUGUCGAAUGCAAGUACACCGACAAAGACAGAUUUUUCAGCUGGCGAGCUGAGCGGGUCGUUAAGAAAGGACGAAGACGCUAUUAAAGAACACGCACAUACUUCGCCAUGUACACUGAAGCUAAAAACACCAAAGAAAAACAAAACAAAGGAAAUAAGAAAUCUUGGAAAAAGCUUGACAUUAUCGCCUCCAGCUUUGUUGUUAAAACGCUUUGAAGAUUCGUGGCUUGUGGAACAAAAAAGUCCCGUCAAUGAGGUAACGAACUGUUUGCAUCAACGCAAAGUCAAACCCAGAAAGAAAGCGCGACCGGCUGUUUUAACUCCUCUGUUCGAAGGAGUGUGCGGUCCAGCUAAACCUCUUUUUCAUCAAAAACAAGUGAAGAAGGCGAAAAAAUGCAGGAAACCGCUAAGUUUGAAAGAGGAAAUUGAAAGUAAGCCACUCAUCACCAAAGAUUUAAUCUUAGGAGAAAGACAAGACCGUGCGGGAAUCAUAAAGAAGAAAAAGUUCAAGCGAAAGGCUAAAGGCAAACUCCUGAAACUCAAAGCGCGCAAGGAGCAGACUUCGCUUAACGGAAAAGUUGCCAGUCCUGACAAAAUUAAGCUAACUGACAUUUCAAAAGAAAAGAAACUAGGUGGCCUUCCUCAGAGAGGGUCCAGUCCAAAAACACAACUUGACGUUGAUAAACAAGCUAAAGAAGAACUGUUGAAGAAAGACACGGUUCUUGAGAGGCUUGUCGGAAAAGCUCUGACCAAAUUUUUUGCUCCGGCCACCUCAGACUGUACUCGAUCAACCGACGUCACACCAGCCAAAGUUAGCAAACCCAAGCCAAAGAAACCAAAGGCAAAUCCUGCUUUAAAGGCAAACUGCAAUUUUAAACUUUUAAAUUUAUUUCCAGCGACCUCGCUGUUGACUCUAGCAGAUGGAGGUUUGUGUCCGUCUUUCACCAUGGCUUGCCCGAAAGGCAUCAAACCACAUUCAUCGCAUCCCGUGUGGCAAUGGACUCUUGGAGGGCCAGUUGUUCGAAGCCCUCAGAAGUCAACGCUAAAACCCAAACCAGUCCAAAAGGAACUACUUUCCAAGGCGAAGUUUAUCUCUAACAAGGUGCGAAAAUUGAAAAGAAGGCGGAAGAAGCUGUCAACGAACAAAAAACCGCUCGCUCCUGUUUCUGAUCCUAAUGUUCCAAAAGUAACAGUCGCCGAAUCAAAGCUUGAAAGCGUUCCCAUCGCUACGGCUGAGUUUAAACUACCUCUUUGCGACGCAACUUCUAACAUUGUUUCGUCUUCAACUGAAACUGAAGUAAUUUAGCUUUAUUAGACACGCCACGCACAGUAUUUUCCAUGAAAUACCACUAAGUAUUGGCUUAUAUGCGUCGUCUUGUAAAUAUAAAUUUACUCUUCGCUGCAACUAAUAGCGUUUAAUGGCAAAGGCUUCAGAGCAAAACAGAUUAUAUAUCCUUUUGGCCUUGUGGUCUAAUUCAUUUCGCUAGCUCGUUUUUAUUAGUAAAACGUUUUCUCUAUCGUUUCAAUCAUCCAAAUUUCUCCUUUUUGAAGAUUCUAAACCUAAUCACGGUUAAGCAACGUUGCAUUAUAUUUUUUAUAUUUCAAAAACACAAUCUAUUUUUUCGUGAUUUUUGUCCUCGUGUGAACUAAUUUUCAUCGCAAGUUUCCUUCAUACCUUUUCAAGAUUGACAAAAGCUAGUUUGAGCAAAACAAAAUAACUAUUGAUGAAUUCUAUAGUUAGAAUUAUCAAAAGUAAAGGUUGCUUAGAAACUAAGACUUUGAUCAACUAUCAGCAAUGGUAAGACUGCUUCUGUAAAUUUUGUCGAAAAUUUUUCUCCUAAAUGUAAGAAAUUAUCCUUUCAACAUUAUUUUUUAAAAACAUGCAUUUUGUAUGAAACCAUUAUCUGGGAGACAUUCAUUGAAAACCUAUUGCUCAUUAGCACCCAUUUCUUUAUAUUGUAACAUCGACUACAAUUUGUUUUGUCUGUUUAUAUUCUUCAACCUUUUCAUAAAUUUUUGUACCUACAAAUUCCUUAUAUUGUUCCCCUGUGCAGUGAGAACAUUUGCAGAUUAUGUAAUGAAACAAGGCUGCUUUGGACAUUUCUAUUGCCAAGCUUAAAAUGAUGAUAUUAAUCUCCUUACUGAAAACUAAAGAUUUGCACUGGUGUCUGUUAUGAGAAUUUGGUUGUACAUAAAGAUAAUGGUAUGCUUGACAGUGUAUUUCAACUGUUGGUAGAAAUAAGAAAUCAGUCCCCUUUGGAAAUUAUAGGGUGAUAACAUUUCUUGUGAUGUCGGCUGUUGGGUAACAAAAUCAUUCUGAAAUUUUACUAAGCCUGACUCUUCACAGAAAGCAGUUGAAGUUUUCUUUAAAGAGAGAGCCUAAAUGAAACGUGAGGUAUUUCUUAGUAGUGUUAAAAAUUAUUUGGGAUGAUACAUUGCCGUGUACAUUGAGUGAAGAGCUAAUUGAACUUAUCUAGAACUUUAUUAAAUUGCAUUAAGUGUA